AUGACAUUGAACAUUUUUUUGGCCAAUCAAAAAAAAGAAUUAAUUCAAAAUCAACAAGAAAAUGAAUCAAAUAAAACACAUCACAGGACAGCUGGAUCUUUAGAGCAUGAAUUGGACAAAGCUGUAGAGAAUGGAGAUUUAGUUCUUGCGACAAAAAUAAGUGAUCAAAUUGCACAAAAAAAUUAUGAAACUAUAGUUUCUGAAGCAAUUGAAAGAAAAGAAUACAACGAGGCAAAGGAGAGAGAAGAAGCAUUCAAAGCUAAAAAAAAGAAACCGAAAUUAAGAUGGGGAUUUGAAACAAAGCAACGUUGGGAGACUAAAAGUAAUAUGUAA